CUGUCUUUGUAAGUAGCCAAUCAUUGAUGGGCAGGUGGGAGGAUCGAAUCAGAGGGAAGCUCUGUACCAAAGAGGGGAUUUGAUUUAAGGAACAGAUAGAAAUGUACUGGGGGAGGGGUGGCCCAAAAUAGGGGAGGGUUGUAAAAUGACUGUCUUUUUUUGCUUUGGGGGGUAGUGUCCCCCCCCUCCCGUUUACAUUUGCUCUUCAUUUUUUAUUUAUUUUUUUACCCCAUUUUUAUCCAAUUACGAUCUUGUCUCAUCACUUUUGAUUUCACAAUACAUUGCGUGCCCUCCAUCCACUACUCUACUACAACACACAAUCCAGGUGUACGUGUGUAUGUUAUGUGCGUUUGCAUGUGUGUGUUUGUACCUGUGUGUGUGUGUGACUCUUCACAGUCCUUGCUGUUCCAUAAGUUGUAUUUGUAUCUGUUUUUUAAAUAUUAUUUUACUGCUUGCGUGAGUUACCUGAUGUGGAAUAGAGUUCCAUGUAGUCAUGGCUCUAUGUAGUUCUGUGCGCCUCCCAUAGUCUGUUCUGGACUGUGAAGAGACCUCUGGUGGCAUGUCUUGUGGGGUAUGCAUGGGUGUCUGAGCUGUGUGCUUAGUAGUUUAAACAGACAGCUCUGUUUAAGAAUGUUUGCACUUUAUCUACCUUCCCAAGGAAAACGCGUUGUAAAAUUCCAACCUAUAUUUUGUUGGAGAAGACAUGUUGGAUGUUUUUGAACGAUGUGCCAUGCUGCCUUGUGGACGAUAUGACCGGGCAGCGCAGAUUACUGUUGGAUUUGAUCUCCUCCUCAACGGUUCAUACCGGUUCAGCCUAAUCGAACUCCCUCAAUCACGACAGAGAUAAACAUGACUGUAAUGUUGUCUCUUAUUGUGAUAUUGUCCAAAUAUAAUUUUUUAAGCGAUCAAUAAAUUAAAUGUGUUUAUAUCAAAGUCAUUACUAUUUAUCUAUUUCUUUUUUUAUUAGUAUUUUUAUUGACCUCUGAUCUUCCCCUCUCUCCCGUUCCCAGCAGCCCCAGCGGCCCCCUCCCCCUGCCUUCACCCCCCAGGCCACCUCCGCACCCGACAACCAGCCUCAACCAGGAAACCCCUCACCCAUGGCCCCUCCCCCACAGGCCCAGGGACCGCCUUACCCCACCUACCAGGGAUACCCAGGGUGAGUCAAUCAAUCAAUCAAUCAGUAUCUUUAUUGUCCCAGUUGGCAGGCUGUGUGAGUUGCACAACUGUUAUCCGUCCGUUGUUCUAGUCUCACUUCCAUUGCUGUCUCUCUCGCUCUCACUCUCUCUUCUAACUCUUCCUCUCUCUCUCCCCCUCUAACUCGCCCUCUCUCUCUCUUCCUCUUCUAACUCUCUCUGUCUCUCUCUGUCUCCAGGUAUGCCUACCAGAUGCCUGUGGGUUAUAAUCCGUAUGCAGCGUACGGCCAGUACAACAUGCCCCCCACUAUGCAGCCCAACAUGCAGCCCUACGUCCCCUAUCAGCAGGCCCCAGCACCCGGACAGGGGGGCUACACCGGGCCCCCCCCCACACAGCAGCACCCCUACACCUACCAACAACAGCCCCAGCAACCGCCACAUCAACCACAUUACCCACAACAAUAACUGUCAAUUCUAUCAGUCCCUUAUAUAUCUUCCCCCUUUCCAUCCCUUCAUCCCUCUCCUUUGA